GAUGCAUCGCGUCAUCUAAACUUCUUCGCUGAAACUCAUGAUUGGUGUAGCUUUUAACCAAUCAUCUUCUUCCUUCUCCUCGGAAGGCAGGCUGCGCACUGAGAAGGUGGCAACUCUGAAAACAAGAAAGAUGGAUAGCAAUUCAAUCUCUGAACCCAAAUCCAAUGGAGUGAAGAAAGGAGGAGCCAGGAUCAUUGUGGAUGACAAUGAUGAGGGUCUUAGUCCAACCGACCUGUCUGAGAUGUUAGCCGAGGGCACCAAGGAGUCCCACGAUCGAGCAGAGAACUGUCAGUUCGUCAAAGAUUUCCUCAGGGGUCACAUCAUCAAGGAUGUGUUUAAGAGAGCCACAGUGGCUUUGUACUUUGUCUAUUCAGCGAUGGAGGAGGAGAUAGAGAAGAAUAAGGACCACCCUCACAUAGCUCCAAUCUAUUUUCCUGCGGAGUUGCACCGUCGUGAGGCCCUGGCCCGGGACCUGGAGUAUUUUUAUGGAGCGGACUGGGAGAGCCAAAUCAGCCUCUCUGCAGGCACCAAGCCUUACGUGGACCGGAUCCACGAGGUGGGAGAGGCAGACCCGGUUCUGUUGGUGGCCCAUUCCUACACCCGCUACAUGGGGGAUCUCUCAGGAGGACAGAUCCUGAAGAAAGUGGCCCAAAGGGCUCUGAAGCUGCCUGCAUCGGGAGAGGGUCUGAACUUCUACCAGUUUGAAGGAAUCACCAGCCACAGGGGCUUCAAGCAGCUCUACCGCAGCAGGAUGAAUGAGCUGGAGCUGGACCCGGAGGCCAAACAGAGGAUUGUAGACGAGUCCAAUAGGGCGUUUGGAUUCAACAUGAUGGUGUUCUCAGAGCUUGAGGAAAUUGGAAACACCAUCAAAGAGGAAGUCCAAGAGCAAGUCUUUGGGCAUGCAGAGCUCAUUCAAGAAGAUGAUUUCAACAAGUGCCCGUACUAUGCAGCUAAAAUGGCUGCAAAUGGGAAUCCAACCUAUGCGCUCCAGUUAGUCAAGACGCUUGUGGGUCGUCUGCCCUGCCAGGUGGCGCUGGCGGCCUGGGUUGCCAUCUUUGCUGGCUUUACAGCCUGGUACCUUCUGUAAGCUCAGGCAACUUUCAUCAGCCUUUAAAAAAGUUCAGGAUAAAAUGGCUGUUUAAACCAUGUUAAAUUUUUUUGGGGGAAAUAAAAUUUUUUUUUUUUUUUUUUUUUUAGUAACUUCACAUGUAGGACUGGAGUUAGUCUAAGAAGAUAUUACAUGUCGCGUGACAGUGAGAUCUUCCUCCAUGGUGCUUUGCUUUUUUUUAAGAUUCUGAAUUCUGUGGGCAUACAGUUAUGAGAAAUUUGUGAGAAAAGCUAAAAGUUUAAACUUGUGACAUGUCAUCCAAAAUCAUAAACUGUAUUGAAUGUAAAGUAGUUGUAGAGUAAUGGAGAGUGUUAUGUUGUUUUAAAAAAUGCUCUGUGCAAAUGUGUGUGCAUGUGUAAAAGUAAAAAUCCUUAAUGUCA